CGUCACUGUGGCGUAUGCGGAAGAAUUCUAAGGCGCACCACCAGCUGCUGCUCCUUUGGGGUUAAAAAAAAAUAAAAAAAUGUCUGGUCUAAACCCAAAACAGACUUUUUUGAACCCGGUGAUUCCAUUCACUGGGACCAUUCUGGGUGGGCUGCUGCCAGGAGAGAUGGUUCUGAUUCGGGGCUCGGUUCCGUCUGUGGCACAGAGGUUCCAGCUGGACUUACAGUGUAGUGGCAGUGUGAAGCCGCGGGCUGACAUCGCCUUCCACUUCAACCCGCGGCUGGAGAAGUCACCGUCAAUCGUCUGCAACACAAUGCAGAGAGAGCGCUGGGGCCGAGAGGAGAUCCUGUACCAGAUGCCCUUCAGGCAUGGAGAAGCUUUUGAGCUCAUCAUCCUUGUCCAGCGAGACAAGUUCAAAGUGGCAGUAAACGGCGCCCACCUUCUGGAGUACAGGCACAGAGUGCAGCUGGAGCUCAUUGACACGUUAGCCAUUGGUGGAGACAUCAAAGUGGAAGCUGUUGCCUUUUUUGCGAGUACAGAUGCAAAGCUGGAACCUGGCAUCUCAUUCUCAGGUGACUUGUGCAUUCCGUUCAGAGGUGAGCUGAAGGACGGACUGACUGUUGGCCGCCUCAUCACAGUCACAGCACGGACCAAUCAUGACGCAGAUUGUUUUUGUGUGAACCUCUGCAUGUCGGACAGCAGCGACAUUGCGCUUCAUCUCAACCCUCGUCUGAAGAAACAGCUCUUUGUGAGAAACUCCUUCCUGUCUGACUGCUGGGGCCCUGAGGAGACACAAGUGGACGUCUUCCCCUUCGCUGCAGGAGAGUACUUUGAGAUCAUCAUCUUGUGCCACGACCAUUUCUUCAAAGUUGCCGUGAACGGAACCCACAUGCUGACCUACAAGUACCGGGUCCAGGACCUGAAAACCAUCACACACCUGGAGGUUGAGGGCGACAUACACCAGCUGAACGUCAAGAUCCAGUGACCUCUGACCUCCUGAAUGUAGGGGGUGCACUUGCAAUGUCAUUCUGAGGGAGGAGUCAAGAAGCCAAGUCCUUUCCUUUCCUUGCCUGUCUAACUCCAGGAACUUUAUCCAGAGUGUGCAAUUAUUCAUGAAGGAUGACUUCUUGGUCUCAUUUCAGCUGCUCCCAUUAGGGGGCGCCACAGCAUAUCAUCUGUCUCCAUCUCACCCUGUCCUCUGUAUCUUCCUGUGUCUCAUCAACCACCUGCAUGUCCUGCCUCAGCAAAUCCAGAAACUUCCUCUUUGUCCUCCUUCUUCUCCUCCUGCCUGGUGGCUCCAUCCUCAGCAUCCUUCUCCAUAUAUACCCUGGGUCCCUCCUCUGCACAUGUCCAAACCAUCUCAGUCUCACCUCUCUGACUUUAUCUCCAAACUGUCCCACCUGAGCUGUCCCUCUGAUAUGUUCAUUCCUAAUGCUGUCCAUUCUCGUUACUCACAAAGAGAAUCGCAACAUCUUCAGCUCUGCCUCCUGUCUUUGUGUUAGAGCCACCAUCUCUGAGCUGUCCAGCAUAGCUGGUCUCACUACUGUCUUGUAGACUUUCUCCUUUACAUGUCCUGCACUACCCUCACAUACUUCUCUGCCACUCCAGACUUCUUCAUACAGUGCCACAGCUCUUCUCUUGGCACCCUGUCAUGAGCUUUUCUGAAUCUACAAACACACAAUGUAACUCCUCCUGGCCUUCUCUAUGCUUCUCCAACAGUAUACUCAGAGCAAACAUUUCAUCUGUAGUGCUAUUUCUCAGCAGGAAACCAUAUUGUUCCUCACCGCCUAGCUUCUACUACUCUUUCCCAUAACUUCAUGCUGUGGCUGAUCUCUGCACAUCACCCUUGUUCUUAAAAAUAGGAACCAACACACUUCAUCUCCACUCCUCAGGCAUCCUCUCACUGUCCAAUUUCUGCCGGCACCCUGUUGGGCAACAGCACCGGUGGCGGUCAUUGUUAACUCAGGACUCGACCGGUCUGGAAUGGAAAUUUGAUUUGUGCUCUGUAUCUUUACUUUCAUGAAGGAUGAUUGCAGGACCAAUAGGACCAAUAAUCUGCAUGGUGACUGAUAAAGGAAAUAUGUCUGUCUGUUUUUGUUGGUAGGAUGAAACUCAGAAAAAAACAACACAUCUUUAAACAUUUGAUUUUUGGUUGGUGCUGAACUCAGACCUGCUUCCUGUCUGAACUGUGUACAGAAUAUAAAGUCAGAACUAACAAACAGAUCAAACUAAUCAUCUCUUUCUACUGGACGUGAUGAUUAAUGAGCAUAUGUCAGCAUGAUGAGAAACAACAAGGUUAUAAUUAACCAUCAGAUUAACUCUGUUAAUCAAUAAAUGUUUCAAUCAAUGGAAUUUUUGACUCCAGAAAACUAUAACAUAAUCUAAAUUUUGUGUUCAUUUUAUAUUUUCAUGUUGUAAUCAAACACUGCAAGGUUAUGUUUAAAAAUGUAUCUUAUUUUGUGUGGAAAAACAGCUCUGAGGGUCAGAGUUCUCAUGUGGGUGGAUUUUUUAAAUAAACAUUUGCACGUCCA